GCCGCUCUUCAUGGCAACAGUCGCGGCUGGUCUCAGUGAAGCUACCGGCUAGCAGGUGCUCAACCGAGCCGAAUUUCUGCUGCAGAACAGCAGAACUUAUACCUGACACUGUUCACUGAAACCGGCAGCUAUUAAUUACGCUUACCCAGACCCUUUACAUGCGGUUAGCUGCCCAAAAUGAGCUUUUUGUAGGAGCCGUUAUUAAGGUGGCCGUUUAGCCGGCUAGCUAAGCUAGCUAGCUAACUAGCUAACCCAGCUCCUGAAGUCUGACUGGGUGUGAAUGACACAGGACAGAGAGCUGCGUGCCCCCCGUGUGAGUGAGGAUAAUGUGCAGCGAUGGUGCCUUGUCAAACCCACGUGAUGCUGAAGUGGCAGGAGCACCUGAACAGCUCCUGGGCGGCGGAGGACACCGUACAGACCGCCACGCGCUCCGGUGCCACCUCCCUCUACUCCAAGCUUCUCCACAACAAGGAGGUGCUGGGCCUGGUGCAGCCCGUGCAGGACCUGAUGGGCCCACGGCUGCCCGACUUUCAGUAUGAGUCCAGUGCAGAGGAGGAGAGGGAGGAAUAUCUUUCAGCUCUGCUGCAUAGCCAGCGCUGUCUAGCCCACCGCGUUCUCGCCCGCACACCUUACGCCCUGUCCCUCCACCACAGGCUGGCGGUGCUCCAGAGGGUGUACUAUGCCCUCCACAGCAAGUACCACGACCGCUUCCGCACCCCACCUCCACCACAGCCGGCCUCCUCUUCCUCCUCCGGCGCAGAAGGGGGCGCCCUGGAGCCCAUUUCAGAUUCAUGGCAGGUGGCCGGAUCACGAGCCAAGUCUGGCACAGACGUGCUGAUUGAAAUGGGCGUGCGGACGGGGCUGAGCCUCCUCUUUGCUCUGCUGAGGCAAAGCUGGCAGCGUGGGCGGCUGAGUCUGGAGGAAGACCCCCCGGAUGUCGCCCUGUGUAAUGAGGUACUGGGUACUGCCUCCUCAGUUCUGGCUGCUUUGCCCCCCCUCUCGCUGGCAAAUGAGAACAAAAUCCCAUCAGUGGGUCUGGACUGCCUGGCGCAGGUGAGUGACUUUCUGAAGAAGACUGCAGUGAGUGGGUCCUGGGCAGACCAGGCUGGCCGGCGUUUGGCACUGGAGCUCCUGUUGGGACUGGCUGUGCAGAGAGGUUCUCUACGCUUCCUCCUGGAAUGGGUGGAGGUGGCGUUGGCAACAUCAGCUUCAUCUUCAUCCUCCUCUUCUUCAUCCACCUCCUCCUCGGAGCCUUCGGGUGUGGGCUAUGAGCUGAUCAGUCAGAUCUUGCAGCAGAUGAGGCAGUACUCGGGAUUCCGUGGGGACUAUGUGAACACUCAGGUGCUUAAUAAAGAUGCAGAUGGACUUUGCAGCCUUUCACACGUAGCGCUCUGUCUCUUCGAAGAGAUUUGUGCCCUGGCAUCUAACUGCCUCUGCUCGUGCAGUGUGGGCUCGACCUCACCUGGCUCUGAGGGCGAUGCGGUGAAGGUGUAUGUUUGGGGGAGUAACAGCAGUCACCAGCUGGCUGAAGGUACUCUGGAGAAGAUCCUACAGCCCAAGCUGGCACAGGGCUUUAGCGAUGCACAAAUGAUUGAGGCAGGUCAGUACUGCACCUUCUCUGUAUCAGCUGACGGCUCAGUGAGGGCUUGUGGGAAAGGCAGCUAUGGGCGUCUUGGCCUGGGAGACUCCAACAAUCAGUCAGUUCCAAAGAAGCUGGUACUGGAUCCUCCGCGCACCAUGAGGAAGGUUUCCUCCUCCAAAGGCUCAGAUGGCCAUACGUUGGCUGUCACUGCUGAAGGGGAGGUGUUCAGCUGGGGGGACGGAGACUACGGCAAGCUGGGACAUGGAAACAGCGCCACACAGAAAUACCCCAAAAUUAUACAGGGACCCUUACUGGGCAAGGUGGUGGUGUGUGUGUCUGCUGGUUACAGACACAGUGCUGCAGUAACUAAUGAUGGAGAACUGUACACCUGGGGGGAGGGAGAUUUCGGUCGCCUUGGCCACAGUGACAGUCACAGCCGGAACGUUCCAACGCUAGUGAAGGACAUCAGUGGGGUGGGCCAGGCGGCCUGUGGCAGCUCACACACCAUUGCUGUGGCUCAAGACGGACGCAUUGUCUGGUCUUUUGGAGGAGGAGACAACGGUAAACUGGGCCAUGGGGAUACAAACCGUGUGUACAGGCCCAAGGUUAUAGAGGCUCUGCAUGGCUACAUCAUCAGGAAAGUUUGUGCUGGAAGUCAGUGCUCACUGGCUCUCACUUCUGCUGGACAGGUGUUUGCCUGGGGCUGUGGUUCAUGUCUGGGCUGCGGUUCAUCAGAAACCACAUCUCUCAGGCCUCGCUUCAUAGAGGAGCUGGGCGUCACUAAAAUCAUAGACAUCUCCUGUGGAGACAGCCACUGCCUCGCGCUGUCUCACGAAAAUGAGGUGUAUGCAUGGGGCAAUAAUGCCAUGGGCCAGUGUGGGCAAGGCCACACCUCAACACCGAUCACCAAACCUAAGAAGGUGACUGGUCUAGAGGGGGUGUCAAUUCAGCAGAUCACUGCAGGAACCUCCCACAGUCUAGCUUGGACAGCCAUCCCAACAGACAGGCAGCUAGUGGCAUGGCAUAGGCCAUUCUGUGUGGACCUUGAAGAGAGCACGUUCACAUACCUGCGCAGCUUCCUGGAGCGCUACUGUGACAGCAUCAGUGGAGAUACACCCCCAGCACCUUUCUGCUCAAAGAGGGAGCAUCACCAGUUUGUGCUGCUGUGUAUGAAGCUCUUGUCUAUCCACCUGUCCCUGGCCCAUGCAGGAGGAACGGGGGCUACAGUUCUUGGAGCUCAGGGGAGACCCCUCCGGAACCUCCUGUUCAGGCUCAUCGACUCCAACGUGCCAGAAUCAUUACAGCAGGCGGUGAUGAACACAUUGUCGAUAGGAGCAUCUCUUUUGCUGCCUCCUCUCAGGGAGAGAACAGAACUGCUGCACUCACUGCUACCUCAGGGCCCAGAGAGCUGGGAGAGUCUCUCUAAAGGACAGCGUCUUCAGUUGGACAUGGUGCUGAACAGUCUCCAGGAACAGAGCCAUGUAGCGUCCCUUCUGGGUUACAGUUCUCCAGGGGAUUUGAGUACUGGCCUUUUGCCCCCUACACCGGAUAGGCCUGCGGGCUCCUCUACCUCCAGCACUGACGCCCCAGACCACCUUCACUUGGCUGAAGUCCUGCUGAAGACCCUCCUUCUGAGUAUUGGAUUCUAUACGGAGCGUGCCUUUGGUGAGCUAGAGAAGAACAGCGACAAGCAGCAGCCCAGCUCUGCUCAGAAACAGACUGAAGCUCCAUCGCACUUCCACCACCUGCUGUCAGCCCUACAUAAACAUCUGCUGGCCCACUGCUACAUCUACACCAAUACAGAGGAUGACAGCAGCGUGACAUUGCUUCACAAGCACCUGUGCCUGCUGUUUCCAUAUGCUGCUGAAACAUUCAGGAGGUCCACCAUUCUGCUGGAGGAGAGCUCGCUGGACAAACACGUCAUUAAUAAGCUGCACACGGUGUUGUUUGGCUCAGUAGCAGGCAGUCUCCUGUGUCAGGUGAUGUACUCUCUGCUGCUGUUGCCUCUGGCUGUGGUGAAGCCUCUCCUGCCUCACCUGCUCUCUCUACUGGAGCAGCUAAAUGAGCUCAACUGCUACCUGCCCAACACCGGCCUUCUGGAGACACUGGAGCUGGAAGGAACUCUGGCGGAGCUGACGGAGGUGACUGAUGCUGCUGUUGGAGUUGAGUCACAUGACUGGGCGUGGCUUUUGGACCUAGAGAGAUCUGUAGCCCUGGCGAUUGGUCGAUGCCUGGGAGGGAUGCUACAAGGUCCUCCCUCUUCUAUUCAGGAAAAGACGUCGGAGUACUGGCUCUGUAACCCGCUCCUGAGGAAUGGCCUGGAGAUGGACUUUGAACAGCUGGAUUUGGCUAUGGGCUGGCUGACGGAGGCGGUGCUGCUGGGCUGUGGAGAUGCCAGGCUGGCUGACCUUCGUCUGUCUGAGGGAAACGGCACACUGGUGGAGCUCGCCCUCGGCUCCCCGCGAGAGCCAGCCAGCAGCCUGUGGAGAAAGAUGAAGGAGUAUGCUGCAAGUAGAGACUGGGAUGGUGGAACAGCUGUUGGGGACAGUUUAUUAGAGACGGCGUGUCGCUGUAGUCUUGCUGCUCUGCUGAAGCACGCAGGCCUACAGGAUGAAGCGUACUGGCAGGACAGGUAUGAACCAUGUGAGAUACUGAUAGAGAUCUAUGAUGUGGUGUAUAAAGUCCGCACCACUCUUCUGUCUCUAAAGGAGAACAUGGCAAAUGCAGCCAAUGCGCAGCCUGCAACAGUCACUAAACAGGGUUCAGCAGGGUCUCAGAGCCCUGGAGAAGAGAAGCCAGAGCCCAGCACUUCUUCAGAUCAAACCGGGAGAGAGUCAGAGCCCAGCAGCCAGAAUACACACCCUGCUGAACAUAACCAGGAUGAGCCCACUGAGGACGAAACCCCCAGCAUCAGUAUGUACCUGCCGGAGGUGCUGCAGUGUUUCCUGGCCACGCGGGAGGCCAUGCAGCUGCAGCAGAAUGAGACGGUUUAUGAGUCUUCGGGCACCAGCACUCUGCCCAGCAGUACAGAGAGUCCCGGGACCCCUGAGAGAGAGCCCCCGCCACGGCCCUGGGACUGCCCCCAAAACACAGAACACACACUCACCUUCCCUGCAGCCUGUCACCUGGUGGUCAACCGCUGCCUGUUCCUGCUGCUGGGGGUCCGGGCAGCCUGGCAUGAGCACAGCCAGUGUGUGGACAUGCACAUUGAGAACAGUAACACUAGGAAGUCUACAUCCUCUUUUGAAGGGCAAGGCACUAAAUCAGAGUUCCGCACAUCUUCAGACAGCAGGAGACUGAGUGAGAGAGAGACGGAUCAGUCUAGAAGUUCCUCAGGGUCAACUAAGAACAAGAUAGGACUGCCCCUGUGCUCUCUGGGCAUUAUGAAAGAUGCAUGGGAGCGACUUCGGCAGUGCAUCAGUCCCACCACAGUCCUCGGAGCUGGAGCUGUGGGCUCACCCAUGCUUGAUCAGGUCUUCCACUUUCUGUGUGGGAGCCUGGUCAGGACCUCAGCUCUGGUGGAGAGAGCAGCAGGUGGUCAGGCUGAUCCCAGAGCCAUCACUCUGGCCAUGGCCCAGCAACAGCAAAGGGCUGAGGUGCGUCUAGAAGCUUUGUGUCAGAUUUCUUCUUUUCUGUCUGAGAUGGAGGAGAAGGGCAGCGGUCACAGCUCUCUGGCACCCCCACGCUUCCCAGGCCUCCUGCAGUCAGUGCAGCUGCACUUCUUAUCCGGCUGUUUUGGACUGGGAGCUUCAGUUACGGGCAGCUUGGCCACAUCCAGCGACAAGAUGAACCAUUACACUGCUGGCACUCAAUCAGCGUCUAUGAGCUCUCAGAGGGAGCUUCAGGAUGCAGCACACACUCUCUACCAGCAAGUGGUGCGUGUACUCAGGCAAAAAGUAGCACUGGAGAAGGAGCAAAAAGGUUCCUGUCAGCACUUGCUCCUAGCUGCUGUGUUUGCUCUGAACUUCCACUACCAGCCAGCAGAUCUGGUGGUGGUGAUAAAGAGUGGCCUACUGGAGCUGCUGGCCAGCCUCACUGAUAACUCCUGUGUUCUGGUCAGUCAGCGCUGGCUAGCUGCCUCUGUCUCAGGCAACAUGCUGCUGAGUGGGGCUGUGAGGCUAGCAUCUGCUAGGCUGCUCCAGAGCCUCGUCAUCGCUGCCAGCUCCUGUGAGGAUGCCUUGCCGCUGGAUGUGUCCCAGGCUCUGAUGGACGUGAUGUGUGAGCAGCUACAGGGUCUGUUACACACUCUCCACCAGCAGGAGGCGCUAGAGAUCAGUGCGGAAUUUGACUCUGAGCUUGGGCCCAGCGUUAAAACAACAAAACAAGAGGGUACAGAGGUGCCACGCAGUAGCAAAGUUGUAGAGUCCCAACUGGCGGACUUCCUCGUCUUCCUUAGGCGCAUCCUGUCGCUAAGGGUAACCAAGAGAGUCUCCUCGUUCUCCAGGUGGAUCGACCCACUGAUGACAAUCAUUUCCUACCACAGCACCUCAGGUAAUCCUCACUUGUAUAAUCUCCGCACAAAGCUGUUGGCCUUCCACAUUCUUGAGGCUUUGCUUCCAGCCUGCUCAGACCCACUUCAGAUGAAACAGAUUGUUGAGCAGCUCUUUGGACUUCUGUCCGCUUACAUGUGGGAGGAACCUCUGGCUACGAGGAGGAAAUUAGAAAAAGUGACAGAGAGUUCAAAGAAGGAAAGCAGCAGUGAAGACGAGUGUAUUCCUAUUGGGGAUUUCUCAUUUGAUCCAUGUAAGCUGAUCUGCUGUUCCCUGGAGAGUGGGAACGUUCUGUCUCACGGCUCUGGAGGGAAAGGUUAUGGCUUGGCCACCACAGCCAUCACUUCAGGCUGCUUCAUCUGGAAGUUCUACAUCACUAAAGAGAACAGAGGAAACGAGGGCACAUGUAUUGGAGUCUCCCGCUGGCCCAUCCGUGACUACAACCACCGCACUACCACAGACAUGUGGCUGUACCGGGCCUACAGCGGCAGCCUGUACCACGGGGGCGAGCUGGGCCGGGCCCUGCCCUCCUUCACCCAGGGGGACACCAUCACCUGCAUCCUCGACAUGGAGGCCAGGACCAUCUCCUUCGCCAAAAACAACAGGGAGCCAAAGCUGGCAUUUGAGGGUGUAGACGCUACAGAGCUUUAUCCAUGUGUGCUCUUCUACAGCAGUAACCCUGGAGAGAAGGUGGCGCUGUGUGAUCUGCAAAUGCGAGGCAUGCCCAGUGACCUGCUGCCAGGUGAUCCCCUUUGCAGUCCUCAGGUCACUGUGCUGCUGGAGGCUACAGUGCAGCUCCUGCGCCGGCUUCACCACAGCGACGACUGGGCUCCACACGUUAACCUGCACAUCAGCCGCAGACUGGAGUUCAUCGGGCCUGUAAUGAAGGAGGGAACCCACCUCAGACAUGGUCAGAGCAGUAAGGAGCAGGUGGAAGGUGGAAUGACGGACAAAGAAAGGAGUCCAGGGGAAAACUGGAGGAGCCCUGACCUUUUCUCUGGACCCUCGGGUCUGUCCGAGGUCCAGCUCAGUGUACUGUGUGCUGAGGUUUGGCCUGUGCUGGCGCUGAUCGGAGGAGUGGAUAGUGGGCUCAGAGCCGGUGGAAUCUGCCUACACAAACCCAGUGGGCGCCGGGCAACUCUUUUGGGGGUCCUGAAGGAGGGAAGCCCUCUAGCUAAAUUACAAUGGGAGGAGACUGAUCUGACUGUGAGCUUCCUGAAUUCUUGGUCACCCAGCGAUACCCCGCUGUCCUUUCUGGAGCCGUGUGACGUGCCCCAGCUCGAUGUUACCCGCUGCACUGGACUCACGCCUGCUGUACUCUUUCACCUCAUCCUGCUGACUGGUGUGCUGGAGGAGCCAGAGGCUGGAGCGGGAGCUGGAACCAGAAUGGGUGGAAGGAUUUCAUCCAGACCCAGAAAUAACUCCCAGAAUAACUCAGAAGUUGGAGCGACUCAUAGUGAGCUUGAGCAGAAACUGGAUGAGGACAUUGCACGCGUGAUGAUGCUGGAAGAAGGGAUGACCGGUCUAAUGAGCAGUUUAAUAGAGGAUGAUGAAACCAGGGAAGAUGAGAGAAAAGAGGAACACCAGGGUGAUCCAGAAUCCCCCAGAACCCCUAAACCCACUGGAGAAGAUCAAGAGGGCCCCGCUUUGGUUACUGCACUGCAGCCAAGAACCGACCUUUUUUCCCUGGAGCUUCGUGCCGUCCGCAUAUCGUACCUCCUCUUGGGGGCGCUGAAAUCCCUGGCUGUGAUUCUGAACUGUGGGAAAUUCACAGACUUGCUCUUGGUGCCCAAAACCGAGGCAGCAGCCAACCUGGGAAGCCCUGACCCGGCCAGAUGCCCUGCAGCUGCUGCUGCUGGUGAGGAGAGCACUGAGCUGCGGUCCGUCCUGCAGUUCCUGGUACGCAGCACGGUGAAGUGGGCCGUCAGACCUUGCCCUAUCAAACAGCCUGUGGCUCUGUCUGACCUAGAGAGAGCUCAGAUUAUGAUCUUUAAAGGCGCGCUCUGCAGACUGCAGGAGGAUGGUGCUAGCAGAGAGAACAAAGGCCAUGCGUCAUCUCAGCCUGUAUCAAAGUCUUCCAGCUCUGUCUCGCUGUACAGCAACGGUUCAGAUGGUACAGCCAUUUUUGGCCAAUCAGCUUCUUCCUCCACUAAUGACCUCACGACCUCCCUCCUCACCGCCUUACAGGCUGACGGCCUGGAAAACUUCAACCCUUUCCUUCCCAUCAACCUCCUACAGCGCAUGGUGCUGGCCCGGUUCCCCACACUGGCUGGUUUGGUCCACAGCCCAAUACUGCCCCCAGGGCUCAGCCUGGUUGGCUCCACCCCCUGUGAGGUAUACACAGAGCAGCAGACCAGCUUUCUGGAGCCCUGCGGCCAGACCAGGACCCCUGUCGACCACCCCCAAAUGUUUGUCCCUGUUCGGUUGUUAGAAAUGGGCUUCUCUGUGAGACACAUCUACAGAGCCAUGGAAGCUGCAGGGGUCACUGGGGAGGUGGACUCUGCUAUGAUAGAGGUUUUGGCGAGCUGGAUGCUGGAGCACCCGCUUACUGAGGAGCAUCAUGCAGGAGAAGGCUCAUCAGCAGGGGGCGCCACUGACACACCUUCAUCAGAUGGUCCAGAGACAGUGCAGUGCCCAGAGUCUCCAGCUACAAUGAGAGAACCCAACGAGAGUCUUCUAGCUGGACUGGAUCUGGUGGAGAGAGAGAACUUUCUGGAUGUCCAUCUGACACGGAAUAGGCCUCCACCAGCUCGGAGACAGCGCUCUGGUCUGAGCCAGCGUACGUCCUUCAGGAGGGCAGACUCGCCAUCGCCCGGCCCGGUGCCGGCCCUAUAUAGGCAAGAGGUGGGUGUGUCUGAUUGGCCGGAACAGGCAGAGACUCACCCGUUUGCAGCAGAGGAGGAGUCGGAACUGGGCUACAUGGAUGACCCAUACCAAGAGGAGCCAUAUGAGGAACUUCUCACACCUGAAUUCAUCGCCUCUGAGAGAGACACCCUCUGGAUGGUGGAGGCAGGAGAAGAGCACACUGAGGCGCGUGAGAUGGUUGAGUGUGAGUUGUGUAACACUCUAACUCUGCAGUUCAACACCCACAUGAAGCGGCAUCACCCAGGUUGCGGUCAGAGUGCCGGCCGGCGCGGUUAUCGCAGUAACGGGGCCUAUGUGGAUGGCUGGUUUGGUGGAGAGUGUGGCUCGGGGAGCCCCUAUUACCUGCUGUGCCUGGCCUGCAGGGAGAAGUACCUGGCUGCUAACUUGGGAGAACUCGGCUCUAAACAUGACAAGGGUCUGGCUUCUGAUCUGAUUGGCCGGUUGGACAGCACGUCUGAUGAUGAGUGGGAUCUCGGACAUCAGGAGGACUCAGACUCAGACAGGCUGACCGGUUUGGAGGACUUUGGGGUCUUGUUGAGGCCUUUGGGGCUCAGUGAGAAAAAACUAAUUCCCGACCCCAUUCCCUUCACUGAACCCGAUCCUCUCGGAGCUAACGUCACUGGAGACAACAGCCUGCAGUACAGAGGCGUGGUGAGCACAGAACUGAAGGGUGCUGCAGGUAUGCUGAGUCUGGGGGAGCAAGCUGCGUCCUUGAGAGAAGCUCAGGAGAGACUAGUGGCCUUGAGAAGAGUCACCGCUACUGCCCAGAUCCUGCUGGGAUACAGCAUGGUGCUGAGGGCCCUGUCCCAAAUCUCCUCCACUUCUGUUUGCAAUCAGUCCAGUGGGCUGGAGGCUCUGGGCCUGGCGGAUAUUCGCAUCCUGGUGAGACUGAUGUGUCUGGCAGCAAGUGGCCGUGUCCACAUGGAUGUGGACCAGCAGGGAAUGGGGCGGGGCUGUAUGAGUGACAGCUCAGGCUCUGCCUUCCUGUCCUUCCUUAGCUCUGCUAUUGGCAGCUUGGUGUGUCACAGUCCUACAGCCUACAGAGAGCUAGUGGACAUCUGCACGCAGGAUCUGAUGGCUGCAGCUACAGGCAUGAAUCUCGGGGCCAUCGCUGACCCGCAGCAGAGAGAACGUCUGAGCGCUGGCCUGAAGGGGCCGCCACGGGACCCCAAAGAGUUCACCCCGCCCACUUUUCUGGUCACUCAGAGCCUGGUGUCCCUCCUGACAGAGAAAGGGGUUCGUUAUCGUUACACUGCAGAGAAAGCAGAGUCCACUGAUUUUAAAGAGGCUGGAAGCCCACCACCCACAGUCCCCCCUCUCUCUCAAACUGCUCUGCGUGUGGGACCAUUGGAGCUGGCAAACGCGCUAGCAGCCUGUGCUCUGUCUGCAAGACUGACCAGUAAACAUCGGCAGUGGGCGGCCCAGCAGCUGGUCCAGGCGCUCGCAGCCUCCGAGAGAGACAGCCCCAUCCGGCCCCAAACCUACAGCGACAUGGCUGGAGACCUGCGCAAGUGUCCACUCAGGAAACUGGAGGGUCACAACAGCAGGGUGACAAGUUGCAGCUGGAGUACAGAGCAAGGACUUUUAGCUACAGGGUCUCAGGACGGGACGGUUCGCCUGUGGGACAUCUCUCAGAACUCAACCGACCUGCUACACACACACAGCUGUAACAGUGAGGCUGCUUCGAUGUCUGAUGGCUCAGUGGGAACUCAUCUGCUAUCUCCGGUGAUGUGGAGUUCACGGGGAACACUUCUGGCUGCCUUCCAGAACAAACUUAUUAACAUCUGGACUGUUCGCGGCUCUCAGGUCCAUGUGGAGACACAGCCCUCCUGGGUGACUGCCAUGUCAUGGGUCCAGAGCUCCUGCCCCUUCCCCAGCCAGGUUGCUUCAGGACAGGCCAGCACAGCUGAAAGCCUGCUGCUGGGGCGCCUCGACGGCUCCCUCUGCUGGCUCGAGGUGUCAGAGGAAGCAGGUGUAGGAGGAGUGAAGGUUGAGAGCACAGAUCUGUCUCACUGCCAAAGGAAAGAAGCUCCUCAGUGUUUGUCCUGGUACAGUACUGACAGGCCGUUUGCUGUGGGUUACCCUGACGGGAAAAUCCUGUUAGCAUCCACAGACUCCUUCGACACAGAGCAGCCAAUACUGCUCACUGCUUUCCACGAGAGUGUAAGUGCUUUGCGGUGGGACCCCACUGGUCACCUGCUGCUGUCUGUGGGCCGUUCUGAGGUGGUGAAGAUCUGGGGCCGUGCUGGAGGGACAUGGGCCAUCCUGCACUCCCUCUUUCACACUGGAACGGUUAACGCUGCAGAGUGGUGCCCUCUGCCAGGGCGGGGGACCGAUCCACGCCUUCUGAUGGCUGUUGGAUGCCAAAAUGGCCUCUUGUAUGUGUGGACUGUUCCACAAGGUGGCACUAGUGUCACAGUGCCUAAUUUCCUCGUUGCCUCUACCAGCCAGGAUAGGAGUGCUGUUUUCAAGCGUGGUAAUGCCAAGUGUGUGUUCAGACUGAGUGGACACAUCACAGCAAUAAAGACGCUGUCCUUCUGUCCCAGUGGACAGGCUCUCAUCUCUGGAGGAAUCGGAGGCCUGCUCAAUAUCUGGUCUCUGAAGGAUGGUUCGGUGCUGCAGACUGUGGUUACAGGGCUGGGUUCUGUUGUCUGCACGACUUGGGUACCACAAGUGGGUGUUGCUACCUGUUCUGGAAGGUCUAAGGAUGUGUUGCUGAUUCGCUGCAGUCCAGACUGGAUCUCCCAGAACCAUGUCCUGGCCUCCUGCCGCACUGUGCUCCGCAGCCAAGGCAUUCUGGGAUUGAACCGUGCCCCCUGCAUGGCCGUCUUUUUGGAACGACUCCCUGUUCUUCUGCAGGAGCAGUACAACUACGAAAGGAGUCACGUCAUGGCUGGAGAUCAGCUGGUCCACAGUGCUUUCCUGCAGAGCCUUGCCUCCCUCGCUGUUGGGCUGUCCCUGGACCAGCUGCUGAGCCGCCAACCUGUACCUCCACACCACAUCGGGUCAACCACUGGCCCUGAGCCUGCCACUGCUCCCUCGGCUCAAUCUGAAUGGGCCUGGCUGUCCACCUUCUCCCUUACAGUGAAGAGCGCCGAGGCUUUCGCCCGGGGCACUGCUUUCCCUGAGGCUUUCACCAUGCCGGAGCUCCAGCAGCCUGGGGUUACCGAGAGCGCCAGAGCUUUGGAUAACAGUAAGUGGAGCUUUAUGAUGGAUGAGCAGCUCAUGCUGUGGGCCACCAGCAGACCUGAGGAUUGGCAGCAGGGUGGAAAGAGUGAAGUCUUCCUGUGGGGUAACGGACGACAUGGGCAGCUUGCUGAUGCUGGCACUAACGUUUCUGUGCCCACCCUCGCCUCCUCCUUAUCUCAGACACAACAGGUGGUGUGUGGACAGAACUGCACGUUCCUGGUGCAGGCUAACGGGACAGUGCUGGCCGUGGGGGAGGGCAGCUAUGGCAGACUGGGUCAGGGCAACUCUGAUGACCUUUACACACCUACAAUUAUCUCUGCCCUGCAAGGUUAUGUAGUUACUCAGCUGGUGACAUCGUACGGUUCGGACGGUCACUCCCUGGCCCUGACGGAGACGGGCGAGGUGUUCAGCUGGGGUGACGGGGAUUAUGGGAAGUUGGGCCACGGCAACAGCGAGAGACAGAGACGACCCAAACAGAUCGAGGCUCUGCAGGGGGAGGAAGUGAUGCAGCUGGCGUGUGGUUUUAAACACUCCGCCGUCGUCACGGCUGACGGGAAGCUUUUCACCUUCGGAAGUGGCGAUUCUGGACGCUUAGGUCAAAGGUCAACCUCGAACAAGAUGGUGCCGGAGAGGGUCACAGCACUGGAAGGCUACCACAUUGGACAGGUGUCGUGUGGUAUUAACCACACUCUGGCCCUCUCUUCAGAUGGGAUGACCCUUUGGGCGUUUGGUGAUGGGGAUUAUGGGAAACUUGGGACAGGGCCUUGUACAGUGAAGUGCUAUCCUCAGAAAGUGGAGACUCUCUGUAACAAGGGGAUAAAGAAGGUGGGCUGUGGAACUCACUUUUCUGUGGUGCUGGCUAAAGAUGGACAUGUUUACACGUUUGGUCAAGAGCGUCUGAUAGGGCUUCCUGACUCCAUGCUGAAGAACCACAAUCGGCCGCAGAUCGUACCUACUUUGGAGGGCAUCUUUAUUGAGGACAUCGCUGUGGGCUGUGAGCACAUUCUCGCUCUCUCCAGCACUGGAGACGUGUAUGCAUGGGGCUGCAACUGUGAAGCUCAGCUGGGUCUGGGUCACUCGAGUCCAGUGAAGGAGCCCACGCUGGUCACGGCCCUGCAGGGAAAAAACAUCAGACAGAUUUCUGCUGGCCGGUGCCACAGUGCUGCCUGGACAACACCAUCCUUAUCAUCAAGGAAUUCAGGUUCUGCAGGCCUGCAGCUGGGUCUGCCCCAGUCUAUCCCCCCUCAGUACAACGCCCUGAAGGACUGCAGUCCGGAGGCACUGAGCACACGGCUCAGAGUGCUCUACCACUUCUCUGACCUCAUGUACAAAUCAUGGAGACUGCUCAACCUGGAUCCACGCAAUCAGGUGCCAGCUUCCCGGUACAGUUCGGGCACAGCUGCUAUAGUGCAGGGUCAGCUCCGAGGACUGCUGUCCCCCAAAGUCAACACACUGCCCCUGGUGCGCUCCAUCGGCCGCACUAUGACCCAGGGCAAGACGUACGGCCCACAGAUUACGGUUAAAAGAAUCUCCACCAGGGGGCGCUCCAGCAAGCCCAUCUUUGUGCAGAUUGCUAAGCAGGUGGUGAAUCUGAACCCCACAGAGUUGCGGCUGCCCUCCAGGGCGUGGAAGGUGAAGCUGGUGGGGGAGGGGGCAGAUGAUGCGGGAGGUGUGUUUGACGACACGAUCACCGAAAUGUGCCAGGAGUUGCAGUCUGGAGUGGUGGAUCUGCUCAUUCACACACCCAACAGUUCAGCAGAUGUGGGCAGUAAUACAGACAGGUUCUUGUUGAAUCCUGCAGCUGUCUCAGACGAGCACAUGGUGCAGUUCCGUUUCCUGGGCAUUCUGAUGGCUGUAGCUGUUCGCACUAAGAAGCCCCUGGACCUGCACCUGGCCCCCUGGGUGUGGAAGCAGCUGUGCUGUAUUCCACUGGGGGGAGCGGACCUGGAAGAGGUGGACCUCCUCACUUAUCGCUCCCUGCAGGGCAUCCUGCAUCUAGACGACAGCAGCAUCAACGAGGAAAACUUCACAGUGAUGAUUCCUUUGGACUCGUUUGUGGCCCACAGUGCUGAAGGGAAGUUAGUGCCUGUGGUCCCGGGUGGGCAUAACCUUCCUCUGACCUUCACUAACAGAAACGAAUAUGUGGAGCGGGCGCUGGAAUACAGACUGCACGAGAUGGACAGACAGGUUGCAGCAGUGAGGGAAGGCAUGUCCUCCAUCAUCCCCGUACCAUUACUCUCUCUACUAACGGCGCGGCAGCUGGAGCAGCUGGUUUGCGGCCUCCCUGAGGUUUCUGUGGAGAUGUUGAAGAAGGUGGUGCGCUACCGGGACAUCACAGAGAGCCACCAGCUGAUUGUUUGGCUCUGGCAAAGCCUUGAAGAAUUCACCAAUGAGGAGAGAGUGCUGUUCCUGCGCUUCGUCUCCGGACGCUCCAGGCUACCGUCCAACCCUGCGGACAUCAUGCAGAAGUUCCAGAUCAUCAAAGUGGAUCGUCCUGUGAACGGUCUCCCCACCGCCCAGACGUGUUUCUUCCAGCUGCGUUUGCCUCCCUACACCAGCCAGGCGGUGCUAGCUGAGCGGCUGCGCUACUCCAUCCACAACUGCCCCUCCAUAGACAUGGACAACUACAUGCUGUCCCGCAACACGGAGCCAGUCGACGGCUCCGACACCGAAUACUGACCCUCCUGUCUCAGCAUGAACACUCCAACUUUACUCCGGGAGGAAAAAGAAAAAGCACAAAAUACGUUUGUUGUGGUCUUCAUUUUUUCUUUUUGUUCUUUUUUUUUUUUUUUUUUUUUCCCUGAAAUUGCCUCCGGCUACACUCUUCCUUCCUGGUGCAAUACAGAAAUCUCUCACUCCUGCGGUACAAGCCAA